AUGGCCAAACAAGUAGACUCAGACCAAACUCCCGUGGAUGAUGCUGAUGAUCCUUUAGAAUCAGAAACUCAUACAGAGGUCAAACUGACGGGUUCUACCAAAGUUUCUCUUGACCAAACUCAAGCGAUGGACGUAGAUAAGGAAGAGGAAGAGCAAUCGGUGGUGGAUCAAGGAAUAGACAUGGAUGACGAUGAAGUAGAA